AUGGCAAAACACCAAGCGGACAUUGCCGCCCGAGCCCGACGCGUCGCACAUCUUUGUUCACCAGUUGUUCACCCUCCUCUCCUAUUCCUCUCCAGCGUUCUUCCUCCCGCAUCCAAAACACCCCCGUCGCUCGUCAUGGCGCAAUCAGACAAACUCCUCGGCGGAGCGAUGCUCCUCGUAGCAGCAUUCGUCUUUGUGUACUAUACCACCUGGGCUCUCUUUACCAAACAAAAAAAAAAAAAGCCCUUCCUCCCCUCCGACUCACCCCUCCAAUCCCUCUUCCCCGCCCGCGAAUGGGCUAUCCGCCUACCCCUCUUCGUCUUGCUGACGGGUAUAUCGGUGAUAGGCCUGUUCUUUGGGAAAGUGCUGCUGGGGGAGGCUAGGAAGAAGAAGCAGAAGGCUGGGAAGAAGGUGUAG